AUGUUUUCGAUAACAGCCCGUAGAGUGACCAAAGCCGUAGGAACUCAUAUCAAACAGCAUAAUGUCUGUCAGCGAGCAUGCAUGGCGACCGAUGUCUCGAUUCUUCAAGCCCACUUGAAAACAGUCGACCCAGAGAUUUACAAGAUUAUCGAAAUGGAAAAGAAGAGACAGCGUGAAAGUGUCGUGCUGAUUCCAUCGGAAAACUUUACAUCUCGUGCUGUUAUGGAGGCACUUGGCUCUGUCAUGCAAAACAAGUACUCGGAGGGGUAUCCUGGUGCAAGAUACUAUGGUGGUAACGAGUACAUUGAUAUGGCUGAACGAUUAUGUCAAAAGAGGGCAUUGGAGGCAUACAAUCUAGAUCCUGCAAAGUGGGGUGUGAAUGUACAAGCGUUGUCUGGUGCUCCUGCCAACCUAUACGUAUACAACGCAAUCAUGAAACCACAUGAUAGACUCAUGGGUCUUGAUUUGCCUCAUGGUGGACAUUUAUCCCACGGUUUCCAAACUGAAACCAAGAAGAUUUCUGCGGUGUCCAUCUACUUUGAGUCUAUGCCGUACCGUGUAGAUGAAAAGACGGGCACGAUUGAUUUCGACAUGUUGCAAAAGACCGCAUCUAUUUAUAGGCCUAAAGUCAUUAUCGCUGGCGCUAGUGCUUAUGCCCGUAAUUGGGAUUACCCAAAGAUGAAGAAGGUCGCUUCAAGUGUUGGUGCCUACCUUAUGGCUGAUAUUGCACAUUUGAGUGGUAUGGUUGCUGCAGGAGUUGUACCAUCUCCAUUCAAUGAUGCCGAUAUCGUUACAACAACCACACACAAGUCCUUACGUGGACCACGAGGAGCCAUGAUAUUUUACAGGAAGGGUGUUCGAAGUGUUGACAAGAAGGGCAAAGAAAUCAUGUACGAUUUGGAAAACCCUAUAAAUCAAUCCGUUUUCCCUGGCCAUCAAGGUGGUCCACACAAUCACACUAUCGCUGCAUUGGCUGUAGCAUUGAAAAUGACCAAAGAUCCUGCUUUUGUGCAAUACCAAAAGCAAACACUAUUGAAUGCUAAAGCUAUGGAAGUAGCUUUCAAGAAGCUGGGCUAUGAAAUGGUUUCAGGAGGAACUGAUACGCAUUUGUUAUUGCUGGAUUUGAGACCUCAAGGAAUAGAUGGUGCUCGUGUCGAAAGGAUUUUAGAGUUGGCUAAUAUCGCUGCCAACAAGAAUACAGUUCCUGGUGACAAGAGUGCUUUGAUACCAUUUGGACUUCGUAUGGGUUCACCUGCAAUGACAACACGAGGACUAGUCGAAUCCGACUUUACCAAAAUCACAACAUUCAUUGAUCAAGCCAUCAAGAUAUCCAAGGACGUGUCGAAGGGGUUGUCGAGCACGAAAUUAAAAGACUUUAAAGAAGCAGUGGGUGACGGAUCUAGCAUCAGUGCCAUAUCAGAUUUGAAGAAACAGGUUGUGGAAUUCGCAACUGCAUUCCCUUCCAUCGAAUGA